AUGAAAGUUGGGCAACCAGUUCUACAAUGCCAGACCAAUUCUGAAGCCUUUGGCAUGAUGCAAGAAAGGCGGUCCGGAAAUUAUAAGCCUAACAUUUGGAAAUAUGAUUUUCUACAAUCUCUUUCUAGCAAAUAUGAUGAAGAGAAAUACAAAACACAAGCUGAGAGGUUAAAAGAGGAUGCUAAGCAUCUUUUCAUUGAAGCAGUAGACUUGCAGGGUAAACUAGAGCUUGUUGAUUGCAUCAUAAAAGUAGGUUUGGCAAGCCACUUCAAGGAUGAAAUCAAGAAAGCUUUAGAUACUAUAGCCUCCUCUAUCAAGAACGACAAAUCUGAUGCAAUAAAGAAUCGGUAUGUUACUGCAUUAUGCUUUAGACUUCUGAGGCAGCAUGGUUAUGAAGUCUCACAAGAUGUUUUCAGUGAUUUUUUGGACGAAAAUGGUACUUUCUUGAAAGCCAAAAGUAUGGACGUUAAAGGAGUUCUGGAGCUUUUUGAGGCUUCAUAUCUGGCUCUAGAAAGUGAAAAUAUCUUAGAUGAUGCUAAGGCUUUUUCGACUACAAUUCUGAAAGAUAUCAACUCUGCUACAACAGAAAGCAACCUUUACAAACAAGUCGUUCAUGCUUUGGAACUUCCAUUUCAUUGGAGAGUGAGAUGGUUUGAUGUGAAAUGGCAUAUUAAAACGUUCCAGAAGGACAAAAGCAUAAAUAAAACCUUACUUGAUUUGGCUAAAGUUAACUUUAACGUUGUCCAAGCCACACUCCAAAACGACCUAAAGGAGAUUUCCAGGUGGUGGAGGAAUUUGGGUCUAAUAGAGAAGUUGAAAUUUUCAAGGGAUCGAUUGGUGGAGAGCUUCUUGUGCACUGUAGGACUUGUAUUUGAGCCUCAGUACAGCUCUUUUAGAAGAUGGCUUACCAAAGUGGUUAUCAUGAUAUUGGUCAUUGAUGAUGUUUAUGACAUUUAUGGUUCACUGGAAGAACUACAGCAUUUCACUAAUGCUAUUAAUAGAUGGGAUACUGCAGAAUUAGAACAACUUCCAGAAUAUAUGAAAAUAUGCUUUAAAACACUCCACACUAUCACCGGUGAAACUGCUCAUGAGAUGCAAAGGGAAAAGAGAUGGGACCAAGAACAAACUGAAACUCACCUGAAGAAAGUGUGGGCAGAUUUCUGUCAGGCACUGUUCGUGGAAGCCAAAUGGUUUAAUAAAGGAUAUACACCAUCCGUGCAAGAAUAUCUGAAAACUGCUUGUAUUUCUUCAUCAGGCAGCCUCCUUUCUGUUCAUUCGUUCUUCUUAAUUAUGAAUGAAGGAACUCGGGAAAUGCUACAUUUUCUUGAAAAAAAUCAAGAGAUGUUUUAUAAUAUAUCUCUCAUCAUCCGCCUCUGCAACGAUUUAGGCACUUCAGUGGCAGAACAAGAGAGAGGAGAUGCUGCUUCAUCAAUAGUUUGUCAUAUGAGAGAAAUGGAAGUUUUAGAGGAAGAAGCUAGGAGCUAUUUAAAGGGAAUAAUAGGCAAUUACUGGAAGAAAGUAAAUGAAAAAUGCUUCACCCAAUCACCUGAGAUGCAAUUAUUUAUCAAUAUUAAUGUCAAUAUGGCCCGUGUGGUGCAUAAUCUAUAUCAAAACAGAGAUGGAUUUGGUGUUCAAGACCAUCAAAAUAAGAAGCAGAUCCUAUCCCUCCUUGUUCAUCCUUUCAAACUAGACUGA